UCGGCAGAUGUGACAGUGUGAGUGCAGACAGUCAGCAGACCGCCUCCUGCAGCGAACAAUGAUCCAACUCUUGAUCAACCUUCGGACUCUAAACUGUCUCGGAUUAAAUAAAGUCAUCAGUUCCUGAGAGAAGCGCUAAGAAGACUCUUUUAUUUGCAGUAGGAGCGUUCACCAGUUAAACUCCCUUCGCGGGCUCUGCCUGUUCUGGUUUUAGGGGGGUUUCCCCUCCGUGUUCAACCACCGGCUCACCUGCAGAAGUUAAACCAUGCGCUCCCGGGCUGCGCUCCCCCGGUUUACCCCUCUUCUAUUUCUCCUCUUCCUUCUCCCUGUUUUUUCCUCCUCUUCCCGCCCCCAGUGGGUUCUCCAGCGUGUCCCUGUCAUCCUUGCUCAGCAGACGGAGUCUCGAUCAGCCCCUCACUUCCUGUCUCAGGCCCGCUUGAAUGUCAGCUCCCCCUGUGACCCAGAAUGCCACAUGAGGGCCCCUCGCCCGAGCUACUGGGACCUGCGACGUCUUCUGGCCUAUGAGACACUCACCUCUGAUGGUCAACUUACUGAGACUGCCGUUGGGAUCUAUGGCUACGACCCAAACACCAGUCCGGCCUACUCUUCAGGGUCGUCUGGGAAGGCUGAGCGGUCACAUGUCAGGAGGAAGCGACAGAUAUUCGGCCACGAUGGCCGUUUUAGCAUUGCUGGGCAGGACUUCCUGUUGAAAUAUCCAUUUUCAGUGGCUGUCAAGCUGUCCACUGGGUGUACUGGUACAUUGGUGGGGGACCGUCAUGUUCUCACAGCUGCUCAUUGUGUUCAUGAUGGUAAAAAUUACGUGAAAGGAGCCCAGAAGCUCCGGGUUGGGUUUCUAAAAACCAAGCAACGAGACACAGAGGCUUCCUCUUACCUUGCUUCCAACUUCACCAACCACGUUGAAGGUGGCCGUGCUCUUUACACCCCGCCAACUAACGAAAAAAUGAAAUUCCAGUGGAUCAGAGCCAGGCGCACCCAUGUGCCCAAAGGAUGGAUUAAAGGGAAUGCCAAUGACAUUGGGAUGGACUAUGACUACGCUUUGCUUGAACUCAAGAAACCACACAAACGCCGCCACAUGAAGUUAGGAGUCAGCCCGCCCGCUCAGAGGCUGCCCGGUCGACGAGUCCACUUCUCAGGAUUUGAUAAUGACCGUCCAGGCAAGCUGGUGUAUCGGUUCUGUCGGGCCGGCGAGGAGACGUCAGACCUGCUUUAUCAGCACUGUGAUGCUCAGCCCGGUGCUAGCGGGUCAGGAGUCUACGCCCGGAUGUGGGAUGGGCGGCACCGGCGCUGGGAGCGGAAGGUGAUAGGUGUGUUUUCUGGGCAUCAGUGGGUGGAGCGACAAGGGGCGUCUCAUGAAUUUAAUGUAGCGGUGAGAAUCACACCUCUCAAAUAUGCUCAGAUCUGCUACUGGAUAAAAGGAAACUUUGUGGACUGCCGAGAAGGGUGAGGGGUGUAGCAACGAAACCAUAGGCCCACUACAUCCUUAUACAUCGUACUGGAAUAUUGGGGGCUGCAGCAAAUCCUCACUAUUCACCCCAACACUUGUAGCACUGAAGUAACAUCAAUAUAAACAGCAACAUUUAGUUUGUUGCCCCCACUCGGCAAUAUCAGUGAUGUAAAUACAGACCUGACAGACAUCCAGUAAUGACACUAAACUUUCUAAACAGGGCGUGUUCAUUUCAUAUAUGCUUAGAUUGGCAUCUUAACUCACAUUUCUAAAAUCUGAAAAAGUUUAUUACAUUUGUGUUAACUGGGGAGAAAUGUAGGUCAUGUGGUUUUGCACAACAAAAGGAGAUUUAUAAUUUUCCUGGAACAUUUAUCUGGAUAACAAAGUUAUCUGGAAGACACUCAGAUCUGGAACAUGGACUGAUAUGAAACAACUGGUCAUCAGAUUACAAGAAGCAGGACUAGGAAAAGUGUUUCACUUUGUAUUCUAGCCUUUUUAUUGUGCUUAUACUAAAGAUUGCACUGUUAAAACUCUUGAAGAAGUUUUUCUACUGAACAUUAAGAUUUUUGUGAAUGAAUGUACAAGUCAGCAACCAAAGGUGCCAACAGUUUCUCUCCUAACGAUCAUGCAUCUCCUCUCAGUGGACACACUAGUUAUCUCAAUAGAGUGCUCUGUCAGCUACAUUAACAGUGUUUUGGAAGGAUAUUCAACUUGUAACAUAGAAUGAUAUUAAAUGACUGCAGUUUUAGUUUGUUCAGUGUUGUACCUAAAUGAUUAGCUCCCUCUGGUGGCAAAGAUAAAACAUUGUAGAUGUCCAACAUCAUGCAAAGGCCUACAUAAGCACUUUUUAGUUUUGCUCGUUUAACAUUUGUGAAACAUUAUUUGUGUCUCAGAAACUGAACUGUGGCAAAUUCAAUGAAAUAUAUGCUUUGAAAUAA